AUGGCGUUUCUGUUGUUGUUGCUCCUUCUCUUUUCUGGGCUGUGUCAAGCCCAACAGUGUCAAUGUGACGAGGACGUUUCACCUGCUUUGCUAGAUUUCCUGUUGGCUACCGAUGACAAUCAUUUGGGCAGCGCGUUGACCGUCGAAAACCACGAUGACAGCAAUUCUUGGUUCUCCUUGGUGCACUUUGAUGACACGGUGGGUAAUCCCACGCUUCAUUAUCGCUACUGCGAAUUGCCUCGUCACAUGACGGCUGGAGGACCCGUACGCUCCCCGAAAGUCAAAACUCCCGUGCAUUUGCGGCGGCACCCGAAAUUCUGUUUGAAGGGACUCAGUGUCAAGAUCAACUACCUGCGGAGAUUGCUACUUCGGGAGGAUGCUACUUCGGGAGGAUGUCCCCUGCUCAACACUGACGAACCACGAGCAGUCCUGGCUUUUGCAGAAUCAGGAACCAUCUGCAUGUCGUUUCAACAGGCAGAUUAUUCCUACGGCGAUACUCUGUGGACGGAACAAACAGAAUGCUAUAGUUUGCAAGAUGCUUCGAAACACCAUCGACUGGUCUUGGAAUCAAGAAGAGACACCCAAGUGGAAUCACUCUUUGUUGAGUUUUCCUUGAAAGAACCCAUUGAUGGCAACCACGACGUCCAAGGUGACUACCGAUGUGGAGCUGUCGAGGUUCAGAAUGCCUGUCGUUUGACCAAUCGGAAUAGGUUGUUGGGCGUGUAUAGGUGGGUCCGGGCUGAGGAAUUGCCUUAUGAAAAUUGUACCAAACAUCCCAACACACUUGGACCAUCGGUCGGGGUUCUAGAAACACUGGGAGACGCGGAAGAUGAAAUCUUGUACUUUGAUGAUAAGGAAAAUCAUUGGCUUUUGCUGCAACACACGCACUUCUGUUCUGGGACUUCCUUCUACCACGCCAAAUUUCAACCGGGCGCAGACACCAUUGCCUGCUGGAACAACACACAGGAUGGACUUAACUCGGACAUGCCAGUGGAUACUCCCUUGUCCGUCGCUUGUCGACCAGCGGACUAUCAAUAUCCUCCCAGUCAACAGCGCUGCGAUAUGCUACCCAACGACGUCCAGGGUGUCAUUUUUUCCACGGACUGCAUCGAUGGCCACACAGCCAGACUCGAUUGGACACAAUGUGAAGCCGGCCAUCAAAUCACAAAGUCUGAGGCGCUCCUCGUGGGAUGUGAAGCAGUAACUGGCAGCAGCACAUCCCGCUGUCACGUGCAGCAGCGAGAGCUACCCAAUGCCGUUGCAUAUGGCUCGACAUCUCCCAGCGUUUCCGAAAAGGAGUAUCAAGUAACCUUUCUCGAAUGCAAUGCGCAAGGGCAAUAUCGCAGCAAUGCACUGUUUGCCACUACGUGCAUGGAUCAAUACGGACCUGAGUUUCCCGUCAAUAUCCACGAUUGUGGAGGCAAGUUCGACGUUUGCGUUACAGGCCCCAUCGACUGCGAUGCAUUGGCCGAAGCUCCCGAUGUUAUUGCAUUUCACCAGGAUGGCCCCAACGCACCGCCUAUCACUAGCAAUGGCCCAGCAGGUAGCGGCGGCGACGCCGUACCCAGUUCUCCGUCUACAGAUAGCAACGGCCCGGGAGGUGAUGAUGGUGCAUACCGCUCCUCCAACUUGGGGACGAGCAGUGGGGUGGGCAUUGACGGAAGAAGAUAUCAGUGGUUUGGUACUAUUUGCACAAUCGGUGUGUUUCUACCGUAUGGCAUACCGGUAGCCCCCUGA